GGGGACGGACACGGCGCUGACACAGACUCGCUCGGGCACACUGUGAGAAGAAACACAACGAGGAGAGGGCCAGCAGGGUGACUCCAGCCGCGUGCUCUCAGAGGCAGGCUCCCACGCUCUGUACCACUCGCAAACACACGCAUUUACGGACACCGACGGCAGGGACAAGAUCACUCCCCGUGCCAGCAUGGACUUCCAGUCGAACAUCAUCCAGGAGUCCGCGCCCAUGGACAACCUGGAGAAGCAGCUGAUCUGCCCCAUCUGCCUGGAGAUCUUCUCCAAGCCCGUGGUCAUCCUACCCUGCCAGCACAACCUCUGCAGGAAGUGCGCCAACGACGUCUUCCAGGCUGCUAAUCCCUACUACUCGUCACGUGGCACCAACAUCGCAGGUGGGCGAUUUCGCUGCCCCUCCUGUAGGCACGAGGUGGUCCUGGACCGGCAUGGAGUCUACGGCCUGCAGCGCAACCUGCUGGUGGAGAACAUCAUCGACAUCUACAAGCAGGAGAGCAGCAGCCCACGGCCAGUCAAAACCAAGGCGGAGCAGCCCAUGUGCGUAGAGCACAAGGAGGAGAAGAUCAACAUCUACUGUCUCACCUGCCAGGUGCCCACCUGCUCCAUGUGCAAGGUGUUCGGGUCCCACAAAGACUGCGAAGUGUCACCGCUGCAGAGCAUCUACCAGAAGCAGAAGACGGAGCUGAGUGAAGGCAUCGCAGCCUUGGUGGCGGGAAAUGAGCGGAUCCAGGCCAUCCUGACCCAGAUGGAGGGCGUCUGCAAGACCAUUGAGGAGAACAGCCAGCGGCAGAAGCAGCUGCUGGGGGAGAGGUUUGAUGUGCUGUACGCGCUGCUGGAGGAGAAGAAGGGCGAGCUGCUGGCCCGCAUCUCGGUGGAGCAGGACACCAAGACGGCCCACGUGCGCGGCCUGUCCCAGAAGUACCGCGAGCAACUGGAGAGCAGCUCCGCCCUCAUGCAGACCGCCAUCUCCUCCAUGGACGAGCCCGGGGAGGCCAGCUUCCUGGUGAAUGCUAAACAGCUUUUGAAAGAUAUGUCGGCUGCCUCCCGUCUGAACCCGGCCGAGCGGAUUGAACCUGGGUACGAGAGCAUGGAGCACUUCACCCUCGAUACCCAGCAUGCGGAGGAGCUGCUACAGGUUAUGGACUUCGGCAUGGACGAUGAUGAAGAUUUUGAGGAUGAGGAGGGUGAUGAGGAGGAAGAGACGGGAGAGGAAACAGCGUCACCAACAGGAGGUCAGCAGUGAGGGCCAACCGCAGGGAGCAGGAAGCUGUUCUGAGGCUACGUGGAUGAACUGAUCAUAAUGUCAAAGGAAUUGAAAAUAAGAAGAAGAUGAGAAAGGUGUCUACAGAUGGGAGGAGGUGCGAGAGAAGGAGGAGGGGUUGGGCUGUUGAUGUCUCAGGUUUUAAACACUGCAACCUCGAGUGAAAUUCCAGGAACACACUCUCUCUAACACAAACACACGCACUGACACACUAAGACACAAACACGUGGUGCAUAUCAGUCCUCUGGAUGCGGGUGAAAAGACAGAGGGCAUUGACAUUCUGAACUCAACCAAAAGGAAUGAGAGACUCAGGCAUGUUCCUCACUAGAGCUUAGCUUGAAACUUGUGCUUGUGAAUCAUUUGUCCAAUUGCGAGAGCGGAGGGUUCUCUGGUAGACAGCGCCCCCUGCGGCUGGUGCUGUGAAACACCUUUGAAUUCUCAAGACAAGCAGGACGCCCUACAUCAUCACAUAAUUUUCUUCAUGAAUGGAAUGUUUAUACAUAUAUACGGUUCAUGUUUUGUAAUUUUUAUAUUAUUGAUAUUACUGUGCUGUUGAUAAUGGUUAUAAUAAUCAUUAUUGUUGUUUUGUAUAUGAUGUCAAAGGAGCUGCCAAAUCUUUUUUUUUUUUACCAUGAAAAAGUAUGCGGCACAAAGGGCGAUGGAGAGACCUGGCAGUGGGUGAGCGCGUUUGUUUGCGCUGGGAGGGUGGCAGAAAGCACGUACUGUACUGUUGUGGACGGGCCAAAGACCUGAUCCUGUAGACAUUUUAGUGGUGUGUAGAUUUGUAUGUGAGAACAGAUUAUGAUGUUCGGCGCGGACAUCAAAAGGUGCCAUA